AUGAAGCAUAUCUAUCUAUCUAUCUAUCUAUCUAUCUAUCUAUCUAUCUAUUUCUUUCUUUUUGAGCUCUGUGUGUUUCUUCACAAUCAUUGUUUCUUUUUUUCUUUUUCUUACGUUCUUUCUUUCUCCUUUUCUGUCCUUCUUUUUUCGUUUCUCUAUUUAUUUUUAUUUUUUCUCAGUCAUUUUUGUUCUUUCAAAAUUAUUAUUUCUUUCUUUCCUUCUUUCUUUCUUUCUUUCUUUCUUUCCUUCUUUCUUUCUUUCUUUCUUUCUUUCUUAGUCAUCCGUCAACAUCAAGUUUAUCUUUAUUUCUUUCCUUUCUUCCUUUUUUCUGCUUUUUUCUUCUUCUGUCUUCUUGUUUGUUUGAUUGCUUCUUUCUUUCUAUUUUCUUUCUUUCUCAGUCAUUUGAUUUCUUUGGCAAUCAUGUUUUUCAUCUUUCUUUCAAACCUUCAAACUUUCUUUCUUAGUCAUUUGUGUACUUUCACAAUCAUGUCUUUCUUUCUUUCUUUCUUUCUUUCUUUCUUCGAAACAUUAUUUCUUUGUCGUUUAACGUUGUCUAUUAUUUCAAAAUUAUUUAAUUUCACGCACUUCUGUUACGUUCAAGCUUGA